AUGGGAGAUUUACCAUCAUCCAGAAUACUGGAGUGUCCAGCGUUUACUAAAACGGGUGUGGACUACGCGGGUCCCUACGCUAUCCGAUUGACCAAAUCGAGAGGAAAGGGAACUCAGAAAGGGUUCAUUUGUGUUUUUAUUUGUAUGGUCACUCGAGCAGUACACUUUGAAGUGGCGGAAGACUACUCUUCUGAGGCCUUUCUUGCUGCUUUCAGUCGGUUUAUAUCCAGGCGAGGGUACUGCUCACACUUAUACAGUGAUAGGGGUACCAAUUUUGUAGGUGCAUCUUCCGUAUUAAAGGAGACGCUCUGCCAGUUUUUAAGGUCAUACAACCUCAGCAAUAAAUUGCUAAAAGCUGGAACCAAUUGUCAUUUCAACCCACCUUCUGCGUCCCACUUCGGUGGUUUGUGGGAAGCCGCUGUUAAAUCAGCUAAAUGGUUGUUAAAACAAGUUGUCGGCGACCAGGUGCUCACCUUCGUAGAAUUUUCCACUCUCUUAUGCAAAAUAGAGGCGUGUUUGAAUUCUCGCCCCCUAGUUCCACAAUCAGAUGACCCUUUUGAUUUAGAAGUACUCACGCCUGCCCACUUCCUGAGCUACAAACCUGCCUUCCUAACCCCCGAACCUCAAUUUAAAAGAGAAGAAUUUAACCCAUGGGUUAAUGAGUAUCUUGUGUCAUUACAAGUUCAACAAAAGUGGAUUUUCAAACAAAGAGCAGUUCUAGUCAAUGAUCUAGUACUAAUUCUCCAAGAGAAUACUCCACCUUCUCAUUCGUCUUUAGGCCGGGUGACUCAGGUAUUUGCAGGAUCGAAUGAAUCUGUUAGAGUUGUCGAAGUCCGUACCGCUACCUCUACUCUCACUCGACCAGUGGUCAAGCUCGUGCUAGUUCUACCGGCCAAGUAG